ACCUCUAUGCUUUAUCUGAGUCCGUCUUGGUUUAUCAUAAGUCGAGUCACUAAUCAAAAUCUGUUGGUGUGAACUUGUGGGGAUAGGCUGUAGCUGUGAAUUUAACUUAAUUUACAACAUCAAGUCACCAAAUAGUCGACGUAAUAGAGACUACUGUAUGUUUGCUGGUUAGUCUAUAGUACGUUAUACGUAUUUGGCAGUAUCAACGAAUAAUAUGUAAUAUAUGUAAGCCAUGAGUUAUCGGAAUCGGCUCUCCCGCGCCGCUAAGAAUAAUAACGAACCAUUGCCGAGAAACAAAAACAUCAUUAAACACGAUUGUUGUAGUACGAGUAAAUUACGAGCUAGUAGUGUUGAGAAUGAUAGAAUUAAUGGCAACCAUGAAACACAUAGAAGUGCUAUUUCUGUAGAUAGAGUUUCAAAUAUUUACAGAAAUUCAAGAUUAAAUCAAUCUACAAGCGAGUCUAGCUGUGCAGCCAACUGUCGUACUCCAUCAAGAAAUACUGCAAAGUCAACUCUAAACCGUUCUUAUUUAAAUUCACCAAGCACACCUCUAAAAAAAGUGUCUAUUAGAGGAAGAGGAACUACAACAACACCUCCUCGAUUUAGACGUGAAACAUCUCUUUCAAAAAAAAUUGUGGAUAAUCAACAAAAUAAGGAAUGCCAAUCUUCUCCGGUAGAAAUGCCGUCAAAACAAUCUUAUGUAUUCACUCAAAAUUAUUAUGACAGUAGUUCUGUGGAGAUAAUUGAAGAAUCAUGUUCUCCACAAAUAACAUUACCUAUUCCAACAGAAAUAUUAAAUACAAAGUCAGCUAUAUUAAACCGUUCUGAUGACGAUGAAGAAAAAGCUACUGGGAUUUCACCUGAUGGAAGAUUUCUUAAGUUUGAUGAAGAAUUAGGACAUGGUUCUUUUAAAACUGUCUUUAAAGGAUUAGAUACUCAAACUGGAGUUGCAGUAGCGUGGUGUGAGCUUCAGGAAAAUAAACUAACAAAAACAGAACGUGCUCGAUUUCGUGAGGAAGCUGAGAUGCUUAAAGGUUUACAGCAUCCUAAUAUCGUACGAUUUUAUGAUUAUUGGGAAGUAUCCUUAACAAAGCGAAAAUAUAUUGUUCUUGUUACUGAACUUAUGACUUCUGGUACACUAAAAACCUAUUUAAGACGUUUUAAAAAAAUUAAUCCCAAAGUACUUAAGUCAUGGUGCCGACAAAUAGUUAAAGGUUUAAGUUUUCUGCAUUCAAGAACUCCUCCAAUUAUUCAUCGUGAUUUAAAAUGUGACAAUAUUUUUAUUACUGGUACUACUGGAUGUGUAAAAAUUGGAGACUUAGGAUUAGCCACUCUAAAAAAUAGAUCAUUUGCUAAAUCUGUUAUUGGUACUCCAGAAUUUAUGGCUCCUGAAAUGUAUGAAGAACAUUAUGAUGAAAGUGUUGAUGUGUAUGCCUUUGGAAUGUGUAUGCUUGAGAUGGCUACUUCUGAGUAUCCUUAUACAGAAUGCACUGGACCUGCUCAAAUUUAUAAAAAAGUGAUAAGUGGUGUAAAACCUCUAAGUUUUGAUAAAAUUGAAAAUCCAGAAAUCAAGGAUAUUAUAGAAUCAUGUAUAAAAUUGAAAAAAGAAGAAAGACCCUCUAUUAAAGAGUUAUUGGCUCACGAUUUUUUUAUGGAAGAUCCUGGUAUAAAAUUAGAAAUGGUUAGUCGUACUGAUAGUCGUAUUGAAUUUCGUUUACGGGUUCUUGAUCCAAAAAAAAGAUGUAGUAAUAAGCAUAGGGAAAAUGAAGCAAUACAGUUUGAUUUUGAAAUAAACAAAGAUAAUGCUGACGAUGUAGCCUCAGAAAUGGCAAAAUCUGGAUUAAUUUUGGAAGAAGAUAGUAAAAUUAUAGCCAAGAUGUUAACCAACCAUGUGUUUAAUUUAAAUAAAGAACAAAAUGAAAAAAGAGAUGUGCCAAUUGAUGAAGAUGAAGUGAGCUCAGAUAUAAAUGUUUCUCAAUUUCGACAACCUGAAACUGUAGUUAUGUAUCAACCUCCAAAAUUAAACCAUCAGGAUGAUGAAUGUAACAAAAAUGAAAAUCCAUUAGUUGAUCAUAUUUUUCUAAAACCAGGUAGUGAGGUGAAUGUAGCUGAGCUUAUAAAUCAAGAACAUAUAUUAAUACAGACAUCUCCGACCAAAAGUCUACCAUUUAGAACUGUUGAUGCUGUAUGCCAACAAGAUAAUUAUAGGAAAAUAUCCAAUAUUUCUACAGCAUCUACAGACUCAGCCUAUACAUCUGACACUAAUGGAGCAUACAAACAUAUAUCUGAACUCAAUCAAUUACCAAAUAUGGUUGAAGUUGUACCAGAAGGCUAUAUUCAGAAUGGAAAUAACAAUAUUUAUCACCAAGAACCUGUUAUGUAUCAGAAUGUAGAGCAAAUUAUUAACCAGGAUAUCCCAAACUUUAUUCCAACUACUAUGGCCCAAUGGUCUUACCCUAUUCAAAACAUUCCAAAUCAGCCAACUUCAUUAAUACAUGAUGAAAUGCAAAGGAAAAUAUCUACAGUAUCUUCAGUUUCAAAUUUGUCAUCAUUAUCUUCAGAUUCUGUACAAGGACUGAUGCAACAAGAUAUUCAACAUCAUGCCAUUAUACACGAAGAAAAUACACUACAAAAUAGUCAAAACUUAUUAUUUGUUCAAAAUCAAGAUCCACUUAAUGCAUCUCAAUGUGGUGAUACAUUAAAUUAUUAUAAAGCUCAAUCUCCAUGUGAAGAAUAUCAACCAAAACUUUACCAAGAAAAACAAACAUAUCCAAUUUGUAAUCAAACUAAUAUGACAGAAGACUGCAAAAUUGUUGAUGAAAAAUUAGAUAAUGAACCACUGAUGACAAAUACUAUGGAUAAUGAUGUUAAGCUACUUCAACGAUCUGAAAAUAAUUUAGAUGAAACUUCUGUCAUAAAAGAUACCGCUACAAGAAAGAAGAGUAGAACUUCAGGACCAUCUUUAAAUUUACUAGCUGUUUAUGAUAAUCGUCAAGCUGAAUGCCAAUUAGAAAGUAAUAAACAUAAAACAGUCACUUUCAGAUUUAAUAUAGAUGAUGUGGUUCCAUAUGAUGUGGCCAACAAAUUAGUCACUGAAAAUCUAUUAGAAGUAUCUCAUAUUGAUUUAGUUGCUGAAAUGAUGAAAGAUUUAGUAAAUAAACUAAAAUUAGAUAUGCAACCAUUACCAAAUUCAAUUGUUGCUUUCGAAUUACCAAAAAUUGAGACUGAACCUGUGUUGUCAGUUUUGUCAGAGUUGGAAAGUACAACAAAUACAAUCUCUAAUGAUAUGCUUUUAGAAAAUGUUAAUGAUGUAGAGGAAAAACCAGAAGUAGAAAAGAAAAAACCAGUUAGAAAGAUAUCUAGAUUUUUAGUAAGUCCAGUUAUUGCUGAACAAACGUCUGAAGUAUGCAAUAAUGAUAACACUAAACCAAAUGAAUUGUUGAGUCCUGAAUCACUACAGAAAAGUAUUCUCACUGAAAUGAUCACUUUAGCUAGUACAAAUGUCCAUUAUUUACCAUCAUGCCCUUAUGAAGACUCAUCUAAUUUUGAAUCUAAUCUAUGUCAACUAUCAGAUUCCAAAGUUAACUCUCAAAUUCCAACCGAUAUAAAUCAAAAAGGAGGGUCAUUGACUAUAUCUGAACUCCAGCAAAAAUUAAUACAACUAACAGCUCAACCAUCUGAAAUAUCAUCUGGUACUCCACCAAUUGGAUCUCAUCCUAGUACACCUCACACAAAUAGCUGCUAUGAAUCAUACAUGAAUACUCUUCAAAAACGCUUAGCUUCUAUUUCAAUGCCUACUGGCCACAUACUAGGACCACUAUCUCCACAAAGUACUUUGCAUGCCAUUAGUUCUGCUACUUCUAAAUUAAAAAUUCCAUCAGCGAUUGAAGUUAUUAAGCCCAUGCAACCUGUAGCCAUUGGUGUGGAAGAAGUACAUAUUGGAGAUGAAGUUGGCCCUAUCGUAGUACAUGCAGUUCAAGCUCAAUCAAUUAUAUCAGGUAAUGAAAAUCCUCAACAUGUUAUUAUGCCAGAUGAAAACAAAGACCAACACACAUUGGUAGUCCAACCCUUACCCGGUCAUUCUGUUAUGGUGCAAUCAGUACCUAUAAGAUUUUUGCAGAAUCAAGAUCAUUCUAUUACUGAUAUUGAAACCACUCCAAAUUCACAAAAAGAUGAUGCAAAAGAAAGAAAAGUGAGCCGUGCACAGUCAAUAGAUUUACAUAGCUUAGAACAAAAAUUAUCUAGUAUUCAUAGUAAUACAUAUAAAAAAUAUUCCACAAAUUCAUCCAAUCAACAAAUGUUGCAAUGUUCUGAUCAAAACAUACUAACUACUGCAGAACUAGAUUUCUCUUGUGAUACUAAUCAACAGAAAUCUCAUUCGAGUGAAGAAAUAUUUCAAGAAAAUAAAGAAUUAAUUUGUCAAAAUACAGAUAACUAUAAACCUACAAUUACAACUGAAACUUCUCAUUCUACAAUUAAUAAUUCUUUAACGCCAUUGGAUUUACAACAUUUAUUACAUAGACAAUGGAAUGAACUAGAUAAUUUACGACGACGUCAUGUAGAAGAAAUAAAAACUUAUAUGCAAAUGUUAAAACCUGAGAGCUUACAAUCUACAAUUCUUUAUGAAGCAUUGUCACCUCUUACCAAUGCUGGUAAAAAUUUAGCAACUGAAACUAGCAAUAAUUCUCGAUCAACGUCACCAAUAUUAGACAAUACUGUUAUGCGAUUCACUCCUACAGGUUUAUACUUUUUACCCGAGUCAGUGAAGUUAUUAUCAUCCAGUUUAGUUGACUCUCAUCAACAAAAUACAUGAAAAUAUUAUUUUAAAAAAUAUUAAAAUUAAUCUAAAUCUUAAGCGUACUAUUGAAAAAUUCAAUAUUUUCUUUUUCCAACUGUGUAUAUUUUUAAAUUGAAACGCUUAUAAUUAAUUUUUAUUUUAAUUUGUGUAUGUUCCUUAAAAAAUUUUAUUAAUUUGAAAUAGAAUUUGACUCUUAUAUAAAUAUGUCACACACACACAUUUAUAUAUAUAUAUAUAUAUACUUGUGCAAAUUUAAUGAACAUUAUGCACAUUAUAACAUGGGUGUUAAACUACUCAGCCAACUCUAAUAUCUUUAUCUUAAAAAAUUUAUAACAAAAACUUAGUGUUAUCUCAGGUUUAUUAUUUAUUGUUGUUUGUUGCAAUAUUGAUGCAUUUUUGUCUAUUAUUAUUAUUAUUUUUAUGGUGUACUAUAAACUUAUUAUUGUAAGUUACAACACUUAUUGUAAUUUACAUAGUCUAGUCUAAUUAAAGUAAUUUUGUAAGUAAUAAGAUUAAAGAAACUUGCAAAUUAUUAGUUAAAUACCAGUGUAAUAUAAAAAUCUCUUUUUUUUUUUAAUAAGUAUUUAAUAAAACAAAUAUAAAUGACUGUAACAUUUGA